UAUCAGUGUAUGAUAACACGUCAGUGAUUGAUGAUAAAAUCAGUUAGCAUACGAUUCGAGUACUAUGUUUCAAUUCUAUCCAGUUUAGUGACUAGUAAACGUAAUUUUGAAUAUUAUACAACGUGACAUUUGCCCACAGUUUAAAUGUCUUUUUUUAUAGUGUGACCACCUACUUAGGUGUUAACUAUGAUAUUUGUCUCGUAUUCAAUGCACAAGAGUGUAUUUAGUAUCAAAACUUAAAAGAAAAAAAAAGUUUCUAAGUGUUUGGUCUAAAUAGAAAAGUGAGUAGAAUAUAGCAAUGUUAAGAUAUAGAGGGAAAAAAUCAGCUUUAAAUAUAGUAAAAGAAUUUGAUUCAUUUCCAAAGGUCCAAGAAGAAAUUUAUGAACCAUCUACUUAUAGUAAUGUUAUAUCUACUGCUUUAGUUUCCAUAUUUGGAUUAUGGAUAAUUAUUUCUGAAAUACGAUAUGUUUUACAAGAUCAUAGCAUAUAUAGAUUUGUACCAGAUACAGAGUAUGAAUCAAAACUUCCAAUUAACAUUGAUAUUACAGUUGCAUCAACUUGUGAUAGUAUUGGUGCUGAUAUUGUUGAUACAACAGGACAAAAUAUGAUGUUAUUUGGAGAAUUAAAAACUGAUGAUACGUGGUGGGAAAUGACGAAAGAGCAGCAACUGCAUUUCGACCAAAUGCGUGAUAUAAACGAAUAUUUAAGGGAAGAAUACCAUUCAAUGAAAGAUAUUCUAUGGAUGUUUGAUGAUUAUAAUAGAUUAAAAAACAAAUUUCCUGUUAGAACAGAGAAGCCUGACACUUUACCUAAUGCAUGUCGUAUUCAUGGAUCAUUAAUUCUAAAUAAAGUUAUAGGAAAUUUCCAUAUAACUCCAGGAAAAUCUUUAAUAGUUCCAGGUGGUCAUGUUCAUCUUACUGGUCCAUUUUUUGGAUCAAUGGCUACUAAUUUUUCUCACCGAAUUCAUCAAUUUUCAUUCGGAAUUCCAACAAAGGGACUUGUAUAUUCCUUAGAAGGAGAGCUUCACAUAGCCAAUGAAAGUAAUAUAUCGUAUAAGUAUUUCAUUGAUGUAGUAGCUACAGAUGUUAAAUCACAUUCAAAUGAAAUUAAAACCUAUCAGUAUUCAGCUAAAGAUAUACAAAGAAUAAUAGACCAUAAUUCUGGGAGUCAUGGUAUGCCUGGAAUAUUUUUUCAAUAUGAUAUAAAUGCUCUAAAAGUUAUUAUCACUGAAGAUAAAAUAACCAUAUUUCAACUAACUAUUAAAAUAGCAUCAACUAUUGGUGGUUUAUUUUUAUUAUUUAACUUUAUGAAGAUCUUAUUAGACAAACUUACAAAAAAAAUAUGUUCUAAUUAUAACAUUAAUGAUUCCAAUUCAAUGGAAAAGUCCUAAUAUUAUAAGAAAUCUGUUAGCUAAAU